UGUGGAGGAAUGUGCGGAAACUUGAGAUGUGCACUUUGUUCGUCGACGGCAAAAAAACGCCUGAAAACGAUUAAAAACCACCGAAAAGUGUCGGAGAAAAGUUUGGAUUUGUGCCCUCGGCCAGUUCAGCGGCUCAUUGGUGUCGAAGUUCGGCGGAUCGCGGGUCCGGUUUUGGGAUUCGAGUCCGCUGGAAAGUUGGAGUGAAGACACGACCUUUGCAUGGCGGCUCAGACGGUCUUCUCAGUGGGCGUGAUGCCCGUCGGUGUGUCCCUGCUGGAUGACAUGCAGAACAGCGGCGACAUGUCCAGGAACACGCUGGCUGCUCCGCAGCUGGUAAUGCUAGCUAAUGUGGCAGCAGUGACGGCGGCGGAAGGCGGUGGCUGUGACGUCAGUGUGACUGAUGAGAAGGAGAUGGUGGAGCUGAAGACUGUGGGAUGCAGCGACUUGGACAGUGAGGAUGAAAGCGCCGCCAGAUACAGCUACAGCCAGGAGAACCACAGGGAGGUCUACAUCAUCGAAUACCCUGACUGUCCAGCCCAGCACAUCCAGACUGUGAUCAUCGGAAGCCACAUGGCUGAGCACGACGAGACAGGAACUGCUGCUGAAGACUUGUCCUGUCUGUCUAAGCCCCGCCCCCAAACACCUCAGCCGGUAGCCAAAUGCAAAGAUGAGCACGGCGCCGCAGCUCCAGAUGGCAGCAAGAAGAAGAACAAGAAGCCUCUGUUCUGUCGACCCUGCCGCUUCCAGGCGCAGAACGAGCAGGAGUUUGUGGAGCAUCUGGGCACCCACGCCAUCAGCAAGAUGACUGUGGUGAACAAGGUGGAGGGGCGGAGUCAGAGCAAAGCCAAGGCCUCAGCUGAGUCCCAGGUAUCCUCUGGGGGUGAGGCGGUGAGCAGCGGAGAGACGGCAGCCGCAGGGGACGGUAAAGGACUGAUCCGCUGCCAGCGCUGCGGCUACAACACAAACCGCUAUGACCACUACAUCGCUCACCUCAAACACCACAACGCAGAGGGCGCCGACCACAGGGUUUUUAAGUGCACGUUGUGUCCGUACACUACAGUCAGUCAGUACCACUGGAGGAAACACCUGAGGAAUCACUUCCCCAGUAAACUUCACACCUGCAGCCAGUGUUCCUAUUUCUCCGACCGCAAGAGCAACUACAUCCAGCACAUCCGCACCCACACGGGUGUGCGUCCUUUCCAGUGCACGUACUGUGACUACUCCAGCUCCCAGAAAACACACCUUACCCGACACAUGAGGACUCACUCAGGUGAGCGACCUUUCAAAUGUGAGAGCUGUUCCUACUUGGCAGCCAACCAGCAUGAGGUGACCCGGCAUGCACGCCAGGUCCACAACGGGCCCAAGCCCCUGGGCUGCCCGUACUGCACGUACAAGACCGCUGACCGCAGCAACUUCAAAAAGCAUGUGGAGCUGCACCUCAACCCGCGCCAGUUCAUCUGCCCGCUGUGUAAGUACGCUGCCUCCAAGAAGUGCAACCUGCAGUACCACAUCAAGUCCAGGCACUCGGGCUGUGAGGUCGCCCUGGACGUGUCCAAGGUCAAACUGCGCAACAAGAAACCUGGUCCUGGCCAUACAGAGAAAAACCCAGAAACCAUGUCCGGCAGGUUUGGAAAUGCUUCUAAUAUUGACGAGGGAUUUGAGGUGGACAACGGAGAGGAUGAAGGAUCGUGCCCCAUCAAUUUAUCAAUCAGAAAAAGCAACCGGCCCAGCGUGAACCAACCUGGACAGAGUGAUGCAGCGGACAAGACCGAGAAGAAAGGUGAUGUUCCUUCUGUCAAAGAGAAACCACCAAAGACGAAGGAAGAACUGGAGAACAAGGUCACCAAAAGACAGAAGAAGGCAGACAAGGUCACUGAGAACAAAUCCAGUAAAGACAACCCGGGAGAGACAUCUGCCAGAGAAAAUAAGGCAAAGAGACGACUCAAGAAACCGCCUGCAGGGAAAACGACUGAGAGUAUGGAAACUGUGGAGAGUGCUGCCAUGGAGACUUCAGGAAAAGAUCAACUACGAGAAAACUCAGAGACAAGAGAGAAGCGAGAGAGCAAAAACCAGAAGACGAAGAAAUCUGGAUCAAAGAAGUCAGAAAAAAGUGCCAGUAAAGAAGAAACUCCACACAGAAGCCAGAGUCAAGAGAAAACUCCAAAGAUCCAUGUCACCAAGGCAAAGGCAGCCAAGAGGAAAGCUGCCAAAGCCUCACCAUCUGAGCUGCCUUCAAAGGUCAGGCGGCUCAAAGCCGACAAUACAGACAAACCCCAAUCAAAGUCCAGUCUAGAAAGCACCGAGACAACCAGAGAGCCCAGUGCAGGUCCUUUUAGGGACUGCAAGACCAAAGGCACAGAGACUGCAUACGCACCACGCAAGAAAACCAGGAACUCUAGUCAGGAAACACCAAGUCUUCAACAGUCUGCUGCUGCAGCUGAAGAGACAAGUUCCUUCGGCAGUGACUCUUCAGAACAGAAUCCAUCUGCUGAGUUCCAAGAAGCAUGUGGCCAAAUGACUGAUCCAACCCACAGCACAAACUCAGGGGACGCUGCUCGAGACGAAGCCCACCCAGAGAAACCCGCUUCAUUCCAGCCACAACCAGCUUUGGUUGAUCCAUCUGAGACGAUGGACGUUUCACCAUCCUGCAGCUCAGCUGAACCGACACGGCGUCCAACCAGAAACCACCAGGCGCCGUUUGCCAAACCCACAUCACCGCCUUCUCUGGUGCUUUCAAGUCAGCGCAGCAAACCUGGAGAGGCAGAGGACGACGAGGGCAUUCACAGCAGCCACGACGGCGGCAGCGACAUCAGUGACAGCGCUUCGGUGGGCAGUGAUGACUCUGGCCUCAACAGCGCCACUGCGCCUUCAGGGAAAACACCAAAUGGACCUGAAACACCAAUUGAUGAAAUUCCAACCCCAACUAAGCUCAAGAGUCACACGUGCAUCUUCUGCGACCGCACGUUUCCUCAGGAGGGUGACUACCGUCGCCACCUAAACCGUCACCUCGUCCACGUCUAUUACAUGGACAAUACAGCCAACAGCCAAAAAUAAGGAUCUGGAUCCAGGAGCCAAAACAAUCUACCAGCAAACAAAACGUGAAACCAAAGGUGCUUGUCCCUCAACAAACAACCAACAAAAAAACACCCCCUACAUUCUCUUUGCGGGUUUUUUUUUAAAUCGCAGAGCCGAUCGCAGUCCGACUUCUUCAGUUAUGCAAUAGUUACUAUGUUGUGAGGGUGGAGCCAAUUGUGCGAAGAUACCUGUGUGGUUAAAUUUUGUAAAAUCAAAAACGUAAUCGGGCAUUUAAAAACAGAAUUCGUAUCACCACCGAUGAGUUCAACAAGCUUGAUUUUGAAUGUUACCUGCAUUUGCAAGGCAGCGCAGCUCCUAGAAUGCGCUAGCAAGCUAGCUGUCUUUCUCUGGUGUGGUUGUUAGCCACUGUGACUACGGACUCUGUCUAGUUUGUUCUGCUCGCUGCCUUUAUGUUGGACCCUCGUUCGCACAGUUGGGCCUGGCUGGCUCCUGAUUGGCUGCUGCAGCAGAUGUUUGAACAUUCACCAAAGCUGGACGGUCUUCAAAACCCUGCACAAUUUAUUUUAUUCCAGUCACUGAACUCAUGAUUCAGAGCUGUUACACUGGAAUUAAUAAUCUGAAUUUUGUUCGUUUAUUUUUAUUUUUUUAAAGCCCUGACUGCCCCCACGAGACACAAACAUGCAUCACUUUCAGUUCAUGACAAAACCGUGUCACUGAAGGAUUAAAAGGUGUGUCCACCAGGGGGCAGAAUGUUAACAGAAUAUUUGUGCCUUCAAACAUUUUGCCACAGAAAAGUUUUAUUUUGAUAUUCUGGGUUUAACAUGUCAAAAAAAAAUAUUUUUUUUCCUCCUCACAAUCAUUUUCAAUGUUUGUAUUAUUUUUAAGUGCAGUUUUUUUUUGUAUGAAUUGUGUAACUUUUCUAUAUGACUCAUGUAUUGACAAUUUUCUUCAUUUUUUACAAAAUACUGUUUUCUGGUUUCUUCAGCCUCAGAUGGACUUUGACAUGAAAAUAAUCAAAUUUAACAUAAUUUCAACAUAAAUUUUGUAAGAAAGAUGAUAUCAGAUUUACACCUUUAAAAACAUAAUUUUGUUCACAACUUUCUAUAAAAGUGUUCAUAUUUUUUAAGUUUUGAUGCUUUUGACAAUCAGUCGCAUUUAAAACAUUUUUAAAAAUUGUCUCCUAACGUUCUGUUCAAGACGCCGAGUUUAACGUCACUUCAGACUAACAGUGUUUCACGAUGACAUUUUAGGUUUCUCAAAACACAUUAAAAGGAAAUUAGCCUGUCAGAUGAACGCCAAAACAUCCAAAACCAGUCUUCCAGUUCCUGUUGAGUAUCUGAACCUGGGGGUGUGGCUUAACAAAUGUCAACAAAGCAAAACCCUGUUUUCAAGUGGACCAAAAAAAGGAAAAAAAAAAAAAUCUUGUACUUUAAAGUAGAUAUCCUCGUUCUCACUCAGAGGGCACCGUCUCAGAACAACUAAUCCUGGAAUGAGGAAGUUUUUUUUUUUGUUUUUUUUACAAGAAAUAAAAGCAGACUGCCUUCAAGAGUUAGAGAUUAACAUGUAAAUAUGAAAAAGAUUUAUGUCUUCAUCAAUCACUGACUUUUUUUAAAUGUAACAUUUUGUUGUAUUUUACAGUUGGAGGAUCUUGGGAGAGAAACUUUUUUUAGCUUCAGAAAAAUACAAGUCACUUUGUAAAA